AUAUCUUUCGUUGAUGCAAACUUCUGGACGAGGUAUUGGAACAUCCAAGAAGGUUUUACAGCCCUUUUGGCUCCAAGUACCUCACCAAAAGCCUUCAAAAAUGUCAUUGUGAUUUAAAUUUGCAGUUUCAAAAGUACUUGUCUGUAAAAAUGUCAUGGAAAAGCGGAACAGAAGCAGUCGUUGACAUACUUUGCCGGGUCCCCCCUCUGUUGGUUCUCGAUAGAAUAUUCAGUUUUCGAUUCGAAGAGGAUGUGUGGCAACAAGCAUGUUUCCAGGAACAGGCACUAUGGAUGCUUCUGUUGUUUGUUUUGGGAGUUGGAAUGAUGGUCCUGUUUUGCUUGCCGCUGCAACAGCUCCAAGAGGCAUACAGCUAUGUGAUGUCAUUUGGCCUUCUAGUUUUGUCUCACUGGUGGAGUACUCGCAUCAUAGCACCUGGCAGUACAGCUUUCUCUCUCAACCUUAACUACAACUCCAGCGGCAGUCCACAUCCUCUUGCAGAUGACCCAAGCACGUUGAUGGCUAGUGCUGUGGUUCAGAUUUCACUAGCACAGCUAUUCAUCGCUCUUCGCACUAGCCGUCCAUCCUAUCAGCAAGUACAAAACAACAACAGCAUGGCCAUGCUAGUGCAACUUCUCCUGUAUUUGUCAUUCACUCUUCCCCUUACCCAUGCAGUUCUUCAUCGCUUCCUACCAGACUCCAUUCCACUCACACUUCUUCUUUCCAGUCUUCUCCCUUUUCUGCUCCUAGUAGCUGAUCUAAUAAAGGCAUUUGCUGUGUGGCUGUUGGAGCUUCCUUGUGUUUACUAUACUGAGCUAACAACACUGCAAGCCAUUGGCUUCACCGAGUACCUCAGCAAUCACUGGAUUCGUCUGCAAGUGCCAAAUGUGCUCAGGAUGUUGUUUGUAGUAAGGCUGGCAGGUUUGACUGUGGGCUACGUGCAGGAAUCAGUGUACAUGCACUUUAUGAAGACAGCCUCCAUAGAUCUGACCCAGUGGGAAGUGAAUUGGGAACUAGUUGCACACUUAAUGGCUAGGAGCUGUGAGACUUGCAUUUCCUUGCUGGGAUUUUCUGCUAUGCUGUCUUUGGCCACAUCAUACUUAGGAAUGGUUGUGGCAUGGCUUUUGGGUUCCGAUACUGAUGAAGAUCGUAACAUAGGCACAAUCUCAGCAGUCCUGUUUUUCAUCUUAGCACUACAGACAGGUCUUACUGGCAUGGAUGAAGGCAAGCGACUUGUUCGACUGUACCGAAACUUUUGCCUUCUGUCCACUGCCAUUCUUCAUUUUAUGCAUGGGAUGGUAAAUCCAUUGCUUAUGUCUGCAUGUGCCUCGCAUUCAACUGUGUUGUCAAACCAUGUUCGGCCUUUGGUCAUGUGUUUACUGCUGGUGGUUUGCCCAACUUGGCUGCUGGUGUACCUUUGGCAGCAUCAUCAUCUCAGCACCUGGCUUCUUGCUGUGUCUGCUUUCUGUGUGGAAAUUGUCAUCAAGGUAAUUGUAAGUGUAACAGUGUAUACUCUGUUUAUGAUUGAUGCCUACAAAGAGACCUUCUGGGGUAAGCUGGAUGAGUAUGUGUACAUUGUACAAUCCACUGGCAGCACCAUAGAGUUUCUUUUUGGCAUCUUCCUUUUCUGCAAUGGAGCAUGGAUCAUGCUGUUUGAACAAGGAGGAACAAUCAGAGCAGUGAUGAUGUGCAUUCAUGCUUAUUUUAACAUCUGGCUUCAAGCCAAAGAAGGCUGGAAAAUCUUUGUCAAUAGACGAAAAGCAGUAGCACGCAUUGCUGCACUAGAAAUAGCUACUCAAGAACAGCUAGAUGCCCAUGGAGAUGUAUGUGCCAUCUGUUACCAAGAACUGACAUCUGCUCGAAUCACACGCUGUAAGCAUUUCUUCCAUGCUGUCUGCUUGAGAAAGUGGCUGUACUUACAAGAUCAUUGUCCUCUUUGCCAUACACUAAUAAAUGUAAACCCAGAAGAAAGUUCUAGUGAUGACAGUGAAGUGUUUGAGGUAGAGAAUGUUCAUGAGGAUGAUGAUGAAAUACAUGCAAAUGGUGUUCAAAAUCAUGUGCUUUUGCCACAACACCAUGUGCAUCAUUUAUAUUUGGAGCAUAAUGGUGUGCAUCAGAAUCAUAUGGAUGGCAUUCCACACCAGCGGUUGCAUCAGACUUUAUAAAAAUCCUGGAGUCAUAAAAUAACAAAGAUGUGGAAUUUGACAGUGAUAUGAGCAUAAACAUACCUAUACUUUUGUGCGAUGUUUUUGUUAUAAUUUUUAUUUCAAAUUAUGUUCAUGUGUUGUAUGAUUCAGGAGAGAUUAAAUUGCUGAAAUGUUUGUGUGGAUACACAUGCGAUAAGCUCAAGUCCUUACAUCGGAUAUAAUAAUGAGUUAUUACUGCUUGUGUGGCACUAGUAUCCUGAAGUAAGUUUCUUUCUUGUUUUAAACCAAAGUAUAAAAUUAAAAUAGCAGCUGCUAAAAUUUAAAACCAUAAUCAAUCACAUGAACACAGUAGAGUCUUAAUAGAUUGUUAAUAAUAUAUCAUUAUCAUUCUCAAACACCUCCUUUGCCAUCUGCAUAAUUUGUAAGGUAUAGACUGUUUGUGAUUAGGUUCUCUGCAAAAAAUUUCUUUUUGAGAAACAUUUAUAAAUUUAUUGGAUUUUGAGACAUGUUUUUUUAAGUUAUCAGUUAUAUGACUUGGUAACAAAAGAUAUUGAAAAUAGUGAUUAACACUUGAUGUUCAGUCAUUUAACCCUUAGAUUCAAGCUUUCUCCUUUCCAAAAAUGUAUAGGUUUCGUGGUCUGAUGUUUACCUGAGAGCAGCAAUAAUGAAAAACAAACUUAACCCACUGUUGUCUUCACAGGCUUUAGUUGUUAGCCAGUCUUUGUAAUACUUAUACUUUUAUGCAGUGCUAAGAGGGUUAAAAGUACAUCAUUUAAACGUCAAAUAAGACAAGAGAAAAUAAAUUGGUUUUUGUUUUGUCACGAUAGAAGAUUUUUCUUCUUUUAUCUCCUCAUAAGAUUCAGUACACACAGUGGUUGCGAAAAUGCAAUCUGAAGAGUUGAAAUCUGUAAGCUGCAUGCAGAUAACAAGAAAGCCAUAUAAAGAUGAAGCCUUCAUGCAGCAAAAGGCCAUCAUCAUUGAUGUACUGACAUUAAGCAUUGAUCUUUUGUUGAAAAAUACUGUCCAUAACAUUAAUCGCUGCUCCAGCAUCCACCGCCUAUUUGGUUGAAAAUUGUACAAUGAUUGGUGAAAAGUUUAUGAACAAGUUUUAUGUCAGACACCAUCAGAAUUACAUUUGGUUCUAGGUUAGGGAGUUCUAUUUUGUUUUGAAGGGGGUAUUUUUGACAAAGGGGCAUGGGCAGGAUGAUCAAAAAUCUUCUAUGAUGUGUCUGCUGACCAGAGCUAUGCUUUAAAGAGUAGUAGUAAUAAUAGUAAUUUUUUUAACCCUAUGUGCAAGUCUUUUUAUAAAGGCAUCACUUCACUAAGAAUGUUAGAUAACAUUUUGUAUAGAUAAGUACUUUGCAGUGGAAAGAAUUACUCAUUUUUUACAUAUGUAAAAAGAAAUACUAUUUCAUUUAAUUUCUCUGAAAUAUUCAGAAUGUGUUAUAUAGUUUAUUAUAAUGACUUCAUCUUUUUCAACUUGAAUCAGCUUGAACAGAUUUAUUCACAUCUGAAGGGAAAAGGUUUUGGCAGGACAUUCACUAAAAAUACACAAGUUUGACUUUAUUCAAUAGUUGAGAGUAAACCAUGAUCAAAAUUUAAAUUGGUUUGUGUAAUAUAUAUAGUUGUUAAUAUGUGAACUUCGUUUUCUUGGAUGAAAGUGAAAUCCCUAAACAAUAGACUGUCCUACCAAAUAAUGCUUUUUUUAUUAACAAAUAAAUGAUUGAUUUUAUUUUGUUAUCAACAGAGAUGAUAAUUGUUCAUGCUUAAAUUUUAAGGAAAUCUCACACAAAGUUGACUGCUGUUUUUUACAAUUAGAAGUUUAAUUUAUUGCUUGUAUCCUUAUUAAUUCUUCUUAACAUGAUUGUUCCUUUGUAGACUGUGUGGAAAGACUUCAUUCAUGAAAAUGUCUUACAUAUUUUUGUAAUGUACUGUAACAAAAAUAAAAACCUGUGAUAUGUGUAAGUACAUAGUAUUUUGUUAGAUGUACAUCUUGAAUUUGUGCUUAGUCUUAAAAUUACAGUUAUUCCUGAAUAAAUAUUUUUGACUUGUCUCAUUUUUGUCAGCAACCAAAAAAUAGGGCCAGUUUAGUCUGUAUAAACCAUUGGUGCCCAACCUGCACUGGACAUGGUCUAAAAUCUCGCAGGCCAGAACAUGGUGGUGUUGCCAGAAUCAUGACGUUAAAAAUGAAAUGAUGUUGUGUCUCGUUUAAGCAAGAGGGCAGAAUAAAGCACCUUUGCGGACCGCAUGUGGCCUACAUCCGUAGGUUGGGCACCCGUGAUAUAAACCAAAGCAAUAGCCCUUAAACUACGUGAGUGUCAAUGAAGGUUCAGAAUUAUGAAUGUUUUUUUCAAAAACAAAAGCAGAUUAAAUGAGAUACCCAGUAUAUAAAGCAGCUUAGUAAAAAAAAAUCACGUGAGCUUUAUGCUUCAAUAAUGGUACCUAUUGGAGUAGACAGCCAACUGGAAAUAAUCAUUUUCAAAAGGUUUGAGAAUUGGAUAUAAUUCCUUUUUUGUGUGUGUGUGUUCAUGUUUUUAGUGUUGUCAGACUUUUGCCCUGAAAUAUCAGAAGUACUUCACAUCUCUUCCAUAUGUUAAAACUCUUGAGAAUUGUUACUGAAUUUUCUCCACAGAAUAUUCUGAAUUUUAUUAAAUUUAAUGUAAACUGUUUUUAAAAGUCUGUAGCAUAAAACAUGCUCGUCUUUUGUCAGUUUUGUUAACUAACCCAGGCUGUGUUAAAUUACAAUUUAACUGUUUUGAUUCACUCACAAGAGUUAAUUAAAUUUAAAAGGAUGAUGAUAACGAUGCUAGUGAGCUAUGUAUGCAAACCAUGGUAACUCAUGCAUACUUGCAGCAUCAGGGAGAAACAGAGUUAGGUCAUCAUCAUGUGUAGUCAUGCUGUUGCAUAAUUGCCAUGAGUUCGCACAACUGGCUUGUGCAUGUGGUCUGUGUGAUUAUAUAUAUAUCUGUGCAUGGUCUUCAGAUAUUAGCACUGGGCAAAGACAUUACCUCAAACCCCAUCCCCUUCUACACCCACAUGCAUCCUUAUUGGAUAUGGACUAUUCUUUAUCUAGAGUUUCAUCAUUUGCUUCCAUUUGAUUAUUUUCCCCUUACCAUUUUUUUUUUCUUUGUGGGUGGUUAUUGACUUUCAAAAUUCUUACAUAGCAGUUGAUAGUCACUUUAAUGAUUCGUAGUGUAACAGUAAAUGUCAGAUGAAUGCAAAAACUAUUGUCAGUGGGUUUAGUUCAUUAAAAGUUACUAGUUCCCAGGUGUGAGCAAAAUAUUUUAUUCUAUUCAUGGCUCAUAAAUUACAAGCCUUUAAACAUUGCAAUUCUCAUCUGGGUUUUGCGGAUUGGGAUAAAGCCUCAUUAGUAUAUGCUUGAAGUUCUUGCAUUGGCUACAGCCUUCAGUGAAAUUUGAAGUACAAAUUUAGAUGAUUUCACAUGCUUUUUUUUUUAUUAAAAAAACCCAUUAGUAAUACAUUUUUGUUACAAAUAACACCUGUAUAUUCUCUUAACUUGCUUGUAAUGUUGAGCAUAAUUUCAUGUCUCGUGUUUGUCUUCAACUUCUGUUUAAACUUGUAACAGUUUAUUUGCCCAGACUUUUUAAAAUUAUAUUUGCAUUUCAGGUGUAUCAACCAAUCUGCCAGUCCUGUUGUGUUAUACUUUCAAAGGUUUGGUUACCAGUGUUUUCUGGCUCCUAAAACAAGAAUAAUGAGGCUAAAAUAAAAUUAAAUAACUCCUUCCCCCCAAAGACUAGCAAGAACAAACAAUAAAGUGUGUUAUGAGUGUAUGCAUGCACAUUUUCAUAGAAGAAACUAUAGCUAUUCUUAAGGAGAAUUAGCUGUAAAGUCAGUGAUUUUUCAUUACAGCAGCAAUUGUUUGAUCAGUCUUUUGAAAUAAAUCCUAUUGAGUGAAAUUCUGACCCCAUCAUGUUUAAAUGUAUUUUAAAUAUAAAGCAUGUUGAGAUGAAUUUAUUUAAAGCAGUGCUUACUUUCAUUUUCAUUUGAGUCCUUUUCCUUGAAUUCGUUUUUGAGUGACAACCUGUGUGUGGGUUGAGUUUUUAAACAUCUGGUGAAAGUGACGGUCUAGUUGCUGUAGGAGCAGGGAAGUGGUUUACUUUUUCUGAUGCCUUUUCCCUUAUAAAUCAAUUUUCCAUUUUCUGAGUGAAUAGUAAGACUUUCCCAGUCACAAACCCUCAAAAGAUCUCACAUAGAAAGGUGGAGCCAAAUCCUGUCCAUCCAGGUCAUUUCUCUGAAGUUAGACCCAAUCCUUUAUGCUCAUUCCAGUAAAACUUCCAUAUAAAUCUCCACUUAGUCUUUCUCUUAGAUGUUUAAUUUUAUAAUUCAUAGUAAAACAUACAAUUUUUCUCAUGUAAAACGUCAAAAUCUUCUAAUAGGCACUGGCAGCUGAGGUUAUGGAAUUGGUUUUUUCUAGUUAAUAUUAAAUAGUCAUUUGUACUAAAUGACAGAAAAAUUAGUGUGCAACAUAUAAAAUAUUGGAAAAUGUUUUUAUAGCAAGCCAUUUGUUUCUCAUUUCUGCUGCUACAACUAUUUCUUUUCUAGUUAAAUGACUACGAACAAAAUUCUGGUCAAAAUAUAACAAAAGGAUUCCUCUGAAUGGGAAUCAUUAUUCUUUAAUAGCAUUAUGCUGUUCAUAAACUUGUGGUGUUUGAAUAUUGAUGCUUAGUUAAAUGAACUUUUUUUUUUUUGAUCUCUGAUCAUCUGUAACUAUAAUUUAUCACUUUUCAGAGGUAAUGCAAAUAUUUGAAUUGUUAUUGUACAUUGCUACUUUUUUCAUUUGCCUUAUUUUGAUCAUCUUUCACUUAAGUUUCAAAGCUUAGUAAGAUAUAUGCUUAUAUUUAGGAGAAAAAUCUACUUUAUGACAUAAAUUACAAAUGUAUUCAAAAACUGGUUCUGUUGCAGUAACCAUAAAGAGUGGAGUUUCUUCAGACUAUAAACAUUUCCAUUUUA